AUGGCUACUCAGGCACCUCGAGAGAAGCAGCAGAAGCCCCAGCAGGGUGAGGUACCCAGAGGGCAGAAGAAUGAGGCCACCCUAGCCCCUGGCCAUGUCUUUGGAAGGGUAUAUCAAGAUCCUGUUGCUUUGGUCCCCACAGCCCCAAGCCAUGAGGCUGUGUUUGGAGACACUGAUCAAAGCAGCACAGCAGGUUCUGCUACCUCUGCCGUCGUUUCCACUGCCUGUGAAGACCCUGUGCUGCCCUCCAUGGACAGUAUGUCAGCAAAACGCCGUGUUGACCUCCAGGACAGCCGUGGUUCCCAGGCAAGCCUUAGACGUGAGGAACCUGAGACCAGUGGCCAGGAGCAACCCCAGGCCCAGAAAAAGAGCCCUGAGAACAAACGUCGUAAGAAGCAGCUCAGCCAGCCCAGCCGAGACCAGGCUGAAAAGCCUACAGGGCGCCACCUGCUUCCUGGGGCUUCUGCGCAGGCGUCUGUGCCUCCUCCGCCAUCUUCUCAGCCCCGCUGCCGCCGCCGCCGUCGUUCUCAAGCCUCUACAUGGAAUCAUGCAACCGGUCCAGAACCUGCUCUCCGCAGCCAAGCCCUCAGGGCAGACUCUGCCCUCUGCAGUGGCACCACCGUUCCAGGCCAUGGCACCCAAAGCCAUGCAUCUACACCAGGUCCUGCUCACCGCAGUCGUGCCACACCACCAGGCCCUGUUCUGCGUAGCAGUGCAUCCAGGCCUAGGCCUGCUCUUCGACGCCGUGCCAGCCCACCAGGCCCAGUUCUUCGCAGUGGUGCAUCCAGGCCCAGCCCUGAUCAACGCCAUGCAUCUGCACCAGGCCUUGGUCUCCGCCGUCGCUCCACUGCACCAGGUCCUGUUCUCCGCAGUGGUUCAUCCAGGCCCCGCCCUGUUCCCCAGAAUGGUGCCUCUCAGCGUGGGUCUGAUCUCCGCAGCCAUGUCACCCGGCCAUGUCCUGCUCUUCGACGUCCAGUAUCUGCACCAGCCACUAAUCCCAGGAGCCGUGCCACCCGACCAGGUGCUGAUCUUCACAGUGGCAGCACUUCAUCAGUUCCUGUUCGCACCAGUGCAUCCCGGCCAGACACCACCCUCAGAAGACCUGCAACAAAGUCCGGCCCUACUCCUAGCAGCACGACCUCAACCACAGGCCUUGGUCCCUGGAGGAGACGCCCCACCCUGCAGAGGUCAUCUGGAAGGUCGGCCAUUCCCAUUCGAGGCUCUCUGCGUAACCCAGGUGUCAGGAGACCUCCUCCUUCCUCUAGGGCACCCUUACAGCAUGUCUUUCAGAGUAGCUCAAGUUCUUCUGAAAGUGAGGUUGGAAGCCCGCCUUCUCAGUCUGUCUGGCAUGCAGUCCGUAUGCGUGCUUCCUCUCCUUCACCCCCUGGUGCAGAGCCUAUGGAUGAGGAGGGUUGA